AUGUGGAAAUCAAGACCCGCAAGACAACAAAUAAAGGAUGAAGAUCUGCCAAGUGAGAUACCUCCACAAAAUGGGUUAACAUUUAACGUCUGGUACAAUAAAUGGUCCCAGGGAGGUACUGGUAAUCCUAGUGAGAGACAUGUUACCCCCUUUAGAUUGGACCCUAAGAAAGACUCCGGUACUACAAGGGCAUCUUCCAAGGAUAGUAAGUUCUGCAUCUAUUUUGCUAGAGGAUGUUGUGUAAUGGGGAAUAAAUGUAGUUACAUGCAUCACAUACCAGAUGAUAAUGAUGCAACGAUAUGGUCCCAAAAUGAUAUGUUUGACUGUUUUGGAAGAGAAAAACAUUCCGAGUUUAGAGAAGAUAUGGGUGGUGUAGGUUCAUUUAAGAGACAGAAUGCGACGUUAUAUAUCGGAGGUAUCACCAAUGCUUUGAAUGGAAAAUCUUUAAAACCAACACAGAUAGAAAGCCGUAUACGGUUUAUAUUUACAAGGCUAGGAAGUAUAGAUCGUAUUCGAUACAUUGCAGAAAAGAAUUGUGCAUUUGUGAAGUACAAAAGACAGAUCAAUGCCGAGUUUACUCGGGAGGCUAUGAUGAACCAAAGCCUUCUAAUGCCGAACGAUAAAGAAUGGGACCAGAGACUGGAAGGUGCAGGUUUACUGGUCAAAUGGGCAAAUGAUGAUCCAAACCCUGAGGCUAAACAUCACAGAGAUCAAGAUGACAAAAGAGAAAUGCUGAAUAUUCUGAAGAAGCUUUCCGAACAACGUAAUUCCAAUAACUUAAAAGCUGACGAUUUGAAAAGAAGUGCAGCAUCAACUAAUGAUGAUACUGAAACGCGACAGAGCCAGUUCAUGAAACAAGCCAUAUCUAGAAUGAAAGCUAGAGGAAUGCCACUGAAACAAAGCCCCAAGAGACAGCGUACUGAGUAG